CAAAAAGACCACUUGUACUUCAAUUAAUAACAUCACAAGGACAAGAAUAUGCUGUAUUUGGUCAUAAACCACAACAAAGAUUUAUUAAUUAUGCUGAUGUUCGAGCAGAAAUCGAAAAUGAUACUAGAGCAGUUGUACGAGAUGAUAUGGGUGUAUCGAAUAUACCAAUUAAUUUAACAAUUCAUUCACCACAUGUUGUUAAUCUUACUCUAGUUGAUUUACCAGGUAUGGUAAAAGUUCCAUCUCAAGGACAACCCGUUGAUAUAGUGAAAAAAAUCGAUGAUAUUAUUAUUGAAUAUAUAAGCAAUGAAAAUUGUCUUAUUCUAGCUGUUACACCAGCUAAUAUUGAUAUUGUUACAUCAGAUGCUUUAGUUAUGGCACGUAGUCGAGAUCCAAUGGGUAAGCGUACUAUUGGUGUAUUAACUAAACUUGAUAUGAUGGGCAAAGGACAUAAUGCUCGUGAUGUACUUUUAAAUAAAGUUGUCGUUCUUGAACGAGGUUUUAUUGGUGUUGUUCUUCGUGGACAACGUUUUGAUGAAUAUGGUCGUGUUUCAAAAGAAUUAGAUAUUCCAGGUGCAUUAGAACAUGAACGUUACUUUUUUCAAAGUGAGACAGCAUAUCGUGAUAUUGCUGAUCGUAUGGGUGUACCAUAUUUACAACGUACAUUAAGUAUUCAAUUAACUGAACAUAUUCUUAAAUGUUUACCUGAUUUAAAACGAGAAUUACAAGCUCGAAAUCAUGAAUUAACAAAAGAAUGCGCUGAAUAUCAGACAACUUCUAUGUAUGAUACAUCAACAAGUUCGGAUACAAGAGCUCUUGUUGGUUUAUCUCAUGAAUUACGUGAAAAUUUUGAUACAGCAUUACAAGGUACACAUUUAAAAGAAUCCGAUUUAAAAACUUUAACUGGUGGUGCACGUAUUGCAAAUAUAUUUCGUGAACGUUUUCCAUUUGAAUUAGUUAAAACUGAAUUACAAGAUAAAGAUAUGCGUAAUCAAACCAUAGUCGCCAUUAAAAAUAUUCGUGGUUUUCGAUCAGGUCUUUUUACACCGGAUGAAGCAUUUGAAUAUAUUGUUAAAAUGCAAAUAAUGAAAUUUGAAGGACCAAUCAUGAAAUGUGUUGAUAUGGUUAUAUCAGAAUUACUUUUAAUUAUUCAUGAGGUAACUAGUAAACUGAAACGAUAUCCAUUAUUACGACAAUCGGCAGAAGAAUUAUUAACACAACAUCUUCGAGAAUGUGAAAUUUCAACGAAACAAGCUUGUUCAACUUAUAUUCAAACUCAAUUAUCAUAUAUUAAUACAAAUAAUGAAGAUUUUAUUGGAUUUGCAGGUGCAGAAAGUACAGUUGCUGCCGGUGAAGCUAAACGAACUAUUACCAAUCAGAUUAUACGUAAAGGUUUUCUUCGUGUUCAUACUGGUGUUAAAUUAUUUCAAGCAAAAGAUUAUUUUUUUGUUUUAUCAACUGAUAAUCUUUCAUGGUUUACAGAUUCGGAUGAAAAAGAAAAGAAAUAUAUGUUACCCUUAGAAAAUCUUAAGAUUCGAGAUAUUGAAGGUGGUUUUAUGGCUAGACGAUUACAAUUUGCAAUAUUUAAUACGGACUCAAAAAAUGUCUAUAGAGAACAUAGAACGCUUGAAUUAUCUGUUGAGAAUAUUGAAGAACUUGAUACAUGGAAAGCAUCAUUUUUACGUGCUGGUAUUUAUCCAGAACAUGAACAACCAUCUGAUGAUCCACAAGCAGCAGCUGCAGUUGGUCCUGUUGAUCCACAUAUGGAACGACAAGUUGCAACAAUUAAUAAAUUAGUUACAUCAUAUAUGAAAAUAAUUGCUAAGAUGACACAUGAUUAUAUUCCAAAAGCAAUUAUGUAUCAUAUUGUUCAAAAUUUACAAACGUUUGUAGCAAGAGAAUUAUUAGCAAAUCUUUAUGCACUUCCUGAUCCUAAAGCAUUAUUACAAGAAUCAGAAGAGGAACGACAACGACGUGAAGUAAAACUUGCCGAAUUCAAAGCUAUUAAAAAUGCUUUAACUAUAAUCGAAAAUUUUCAUAUCAAUGCACGAAAAGUUGCUGGACCAGUUUCACCCUAUUUUCAACCAACAUUAGGAACAAAUUAUUCAUCAAGUCCAAAUCCUAUGCGUAAACAACCAGCACUGCCAAAUUCAAUGUCAACACGUGAGCCACCGCCGCCACCACCACCUCGUCCAAGUUCAACAGCAAAUGGAUUUGGUGGAAAUGCAUCACCGUUGCCAGUACCAAGGAUGCACCAUCGAUCUCAUUCAGGCUCGAUGACAUCAUUGUCACAAUCAUCAUCCAAUAUAUUUCAAGGACUAGAUCCGUUCGCUACACCUACAUCAUCAUCACAGUACCGGAAUGGCAUUGCAACCCCUCCUUUACCAGCUCGACCAAGACUACCACUUCCACAAUGA